UACACUGUAACACCAGCUGCUUUCUGCACUCUGGAGCUUUUGCUGCCUCUGAGCUCUCUUAACUCCUUUUGCCUCUAGUCCCUUGCUUAGCUGCCCCCUCUCCCCGUUUUCUCUCGCUUUAGAUCUCUCUCUAACUUUCACAUCGGUCUCUCCCCCCCCCCCCCCGCUCCCUCCCCUUUCCUGGAGCCUUAAAGGGGGAGAAGAAGAAAAUAAUUUAAAAAAAAAAACCUCCAAUUUUUAAAAAAAAAUUAUUAAUAAUUAAAAAAAAAUUAACCCCCAACAUAGAUGAACUACAAAUGAGAAAAAGGAAAAGAUGGAGCUGCACAUUUUAGAGCACAGGCUCAAAGUAGCCAGCAUAGCCAAGGAGAGCAUCCAGCUGUUUACCUAUGGAUUAAUCAAACUUGCUUUCCUUUCCUCCAAGACCAGGUGCAAGUUCUUCAGUCUCACGGAAACUCCAGAGGACUAUACGAUCAUUGUGGAUGAAGAGGGGUUUCUAGAGCUCCCUUCAUCAGAACACUUGAGUGUGGCAGAUGCUACGUGGCUGGCUCUCAAUGUGGUUUCAGGAGGAGGCAGCUUCUCCAGCUCCCAGCCCAUCGGGGUGACCAAGAUUGCCAAGUCAGUAAUAGCGCCACUGGCUGACCAAAACAUUUCUGUGUUCAUGCUGUCCACCUAUCAGACGGACUUCAUCCUGAUACGUGAGCGGGAUCUGCCCUUCGUGAUGCAUACGCUGGCUGCUGAGUUCACCAUCCUUAGGGUCGUGAACGGGGAGACGGUGGCUGCUGACGACUUCGGGAUAACGAAUGGGUUUGUCAAGCCGAAAAUGGUUCAGAGGCCUGUUAUCCAUCCUCUUUCCAGUCCCAGUAAUAUGUUCUGUGUCACCAGCCUGGAUCCAGAUACCCUUCCAACUGUCGCUACACUCCUAAUGGAUGUCAUGUUUUACUCCAAUGGAGUAAAAGACACGGUGGUGGGCAGUGAAGACUCUGGACACAUUCGCUUUUUCUCCUUCUCUCUCAUUGAGGGUUACAUCUCCUUGGUGAUGGAUGUACAGACUCAGCAGAGGUUUCCUAAUAAUUUGUUGUUUACAAGUGCAUCUGGAGAACUCUGGAAGAUGGUUCGGAUUGGCGGGCAGCCACUUGGCUUUGAUGAAUGUGGAAUUGUCGCUCAGAUUUCUGAGCCUUUGGCCGCCUCCGACAUCCCAGCCUAUUACAUCAGUACUUUUAAGUUCGAUCACGCAUUGGUACCCGAAGAAAAUAUAAAUGGCGUAAUCAACGCACUCCAAGUCAGUCAAGCUGAAAAGCAUUAGACAUCUUCUGAGCUGGUUGCAGAUGCUUUUUUAUUAUUAUUCCUUUUCUCACAGUAUUUCUUGAAAAAUCUGACUCCAGAGAGAGAGAUUGAGGUGCCAUGAAAAGAGACUGUGAACUGAUGAGCAAAAGUAGCUCCAACAAGCUUUUUUUUCUUUCUUUCUUUCUUUCUUAAAAGUGGGAGGGCGGGGAGUUGUUAUGAUGGUUUCCUGACAUUAGACUCCAAAGCAAAAUGCUUUCUUGCUUUUUUGGUGUGAAAGGAAUUGCAGGUAGAGAUGUAGCCUCUCACUGAAAUGCAGAGGUAUAGACAGGUUGCAUACACAGCAGCUUUAGGGAGAGCUUCAAAGCAACACCUGAGGGGGAAGAGCUGUUUGUUUGUUUGUUUUUAGCAGAAAGCAUGAAAAGCAUAAAGGAAAGAAAUGUGGAAUUAAAAGGAAAACAAAAUGUU